AUGGAAGCAUUAGGUAUUGGUUUCACACAAAUGCCAUAUGACGUAGAAAUGUCAAUGACUUCAUUAAGAUUUGACUUUGGCCAGGAUGCGGUUUCUAUGGUAGGAUCUAUCCUUGCAUCUUUCAAGCGCUGUUUCUUGCCACUGACGCUGAGCUUUGACAAGUUUACAUGGGAUUGGAAGCAAUUCACGAGUUUUCGAGCAACAAACAGUUUCGACUUCCUUGAAGGCACCCUUCCAUGGGAAGCUUCUGUGGAAUCUAUUAUCGAAACGGGGGAGGCAACCUUCGCGUAUUGCGACCCACACCAACCACAAUCAUGCUUGCAGGCGAUGAACGACCUAGAAAGAUACAUUCGCGUGAAAGGUCCAUACGAUGGGGUGAUGGCAUUCAGCAUGGGAACCUGCUUGGCCCUCACCAUCCUGGUCGACCAUGCUCUGAAAGGAGGCACGCAAGAACCUCCAUUCAAGGUUGCUAUUCUUUUCUCCAACCCCGAGAAACCCUUCAACAUGGAAUCACUGCGUCAGGGUCGGAUUGAGCCAUGGAAUCCCCGUCCAAUAAUCUCCAUUCCAACAGCACAUAUCUGGGGAUCGACAGAUUACCUGGGUCACAAUGCAUCUCUGGCUCCUCAGUACUACAGGAAGAAGAGCGAGGCAAUUUUCGUGCAUAAAGGGGGCCACAAAGUGCCUACUUCGGCAGAGGACGUAGUACAGAUUGCUAAUGUGAUCCACCGGGCGAUCGGCGGAGCAUGA